AUGGGACUUUUGGCUGUCUUUUGUACAAACUCAAUCAACAUCCAUGCUGGUCUAAAUGGCCUUGAAGUUGGACAGACUGUUGUUAUAGCAUUUGCUAUUUUAAUCCACAAUAUUAUGCAAAUCGGAGCAUCUUCCAAUCCUGAAACAAAACAGGCCCAUGCAUUCUCCAUAUACCUUGUUCAACCUCUGCUUGCAACUUCACUGGCAUUACUUUCUUACAACUGGUAUCCAUCUUCUGUUUUCGUUGGUGACACCUAUACAUACUUUGCUGGAAUGACAAUGGCAGUUGUUGGCAUUUUAGGCCACUAUAGUGAAACACUCCUAAUAUUCUUCCUUCCUCAAAUUAUAAACUUUCUGUUAUCACUUCCUCAGCUGGCAGGCAUUAUCCCAUGUCCACGUCAUCGUCUGCCAAGAUUUGACCCUGGGACAGGAUUGCUGACUGGGACAAAAGAUGGGACACUUGUGAAUGUGUCAUUGAGAAUAUUUGGCAGGAGAUCUGAAAAGUCGCUAUGCAUCCUCCUACUUAUUCUCCAGGGUGUGGGUUGUUGCUUCUGUUUUUUUCUGAGGUGGAUCCUUACUGGUUGGUAUAAAUGAUGCUUUUAGCAACUUAGAAUAUGGCUUUUUUGAAAAAGAGGUGUUGUAUCAUUUUGAUAGUUAUUUUAUACUAUUAGAUUUGGUAUUUUGCUACAUUCAUAGAGAAUCCCCAAACAGUGCUUGAUUAUAUUCAAAAUGUCAAACAAAAUGUGUUCUUAAUCUCAUGCUUGUGACCUUUUUCCCUAA